AUGCAGAAAUCUGUCAAAGAUGAUCUUCUUGAACCAGUUAAUGAUGCAGGAUAUAUCCCGGCUCCUGACAAGGCUAUUUGUGGCCGAUAUAUAGAUAGGUUCUUUGUCUCAGAAUUUAUUCCAAUAAUGGGGUUUACUGGAUACGGCAAUUUUCAAAUACUCAGUAUGAGUUGCAAAAGGAUAAUCACUGAGAGUGAGUUCAGAGCAAAUGCGAUAAUAGUUUCUAAAAAUACGGCUUCCAUUUCUAAAAAUACGAAAUUGAUUUGGAUUGGCUGUGACAUUGCUUGUUGGAAGCAUUGUAUAUCUGUUUACGCAUGGCUCUUUUGCACAUAUCUCACUUUGGUUGGGGAAGAUAGUGUGAAGAGUUAG